AUGACUUCGGUGCAGAUGGACGUGGGGAAAUAUUUGUCUCGCAUUGGGUUCGAACCCCAGUCGGAGUCCACCCUGGAGACGCUGCGGUCCGUCCACAUCCGUCACCUGCUUUCGGUGCCGAUUGAGAACCUCACGGUGCACAGCGGCGGACUGGUCCGCCUCGAUCUGCCUCUGCUCUUCGACAAGAUAGUGAACCAGCGCCGCGGCGGCUUCUGCUGCGAGAACAACGGCCUCUUCUCCUGGCUGCUGACCAGACUCGGCUUCCAGGUGACCCUGCUGUCCGGACAGGUGAAGGGCGAAAUCACGGGCUGCUACGGGCCGCCUUUCGACCAUCUGGUCCUCAUGGUGGUCAUUGAGGGGCGGCGGUGGCUGUGCGACGUUGGGUUCGGGAGCGCUGGGUUCAGUGUCCCCCUCUCCUUGGACACCGCUGACCCCCAGGAGCAAGGUCACCGAAUGUACCGCAUCAGGGAGGACACAGGGAUGCAUUACUUAGAGUGGCAGAGCGACGAAAGCAGCAGCGGACCUAAGGACUGGGAUGCGCUCUUCAAGUUCACCCUUGAACCCCGGAGUUUGGGAGACUUCAGCGAAAUGUGCGUCUACCACCAGACCUCGCCUUCGUCCAUCUUCUUCAGCAAGUCUUUCUGCACGCUGUUAAAACCCGGGGGGAGGGUCACCUACAUCGGCCGCAGGCUGAUCACCAAGACCUUCCCCACAGAAGCCACAGGAGAAGUGGUGAAAACCAUCAAAGAGCUUAAAGAUGAGGAGAUUCCACUUAUUCUCGCAGAGAUUUUUGGAAUUGUUCUUCCGUCUCCUCUUAUACCAAAAGACGAGGACGUCAGACCACCUGAGGUUAAACACUGA